GGCAAAGAGACUGCUCGGCCUGCAGAAGAGCAGCAAUGCCCUCCGGCCAGACGACAAGUGACGCCAUGGAGUGCUUGCAGCCAGUCCUGUGGUCUCGGCGUCUCGAUGCGCACCAGCACAGACAACGUGGAAUGUCGCAAUCUGACGCAUCUACGACUCUGCUACUGGCGGGAGUGCGACGAGGCGACAAGUGAAAAGGUGGAUGACAAUGUGCCAGAAAUGAUUUUUGCCUGA